AAAUGUAUAUCAGUUGACAAAACACUAUAAACUCAAAGAUUGUUUAUAUAAAAACAUGUCUUAAAAGUGGCAAAUAAUGAACAAAAUGUCAUUACAAUUGAAGAUUUGUUAUUUUAUUGUAUUGUUUGUGAUUACCACUGAAGCCACGUGUCGGGACCUGAAUCCUAAAUCCAAGUGCUUAUCGGACUCACUGUCCAAUCCAUUGAGAUUUUACGGCACAAAAACCACAUAUAGUGUCGCUAAAGAAGCCUUUCAUUUGGGUCAGUCAUCACAGGACAGUUGGUAUUCAAUUCCGAAAUGCAAACCAAUUAUGUUUUAUUUUAUCGGACGACACGCCAUACGAUAUCCUGACGGCGAAGAUAUCAUUGAAAUGUCAAAAGUGUUGACAAAAUUACAGAAACAAAUAAUUAGUGCAUCAGAACAGGGGUUAACCCAACUGUGCGCUCAAGACUUACAGUCAAUCCGUAAUUGGAAACUACAGAUGAAUGAGACCGACGAUAACAGGAUUAGUAAUACAGGUAUUAGAGAGACCAGAGCUAUAGCCAAAGAAUUUAAACAAUUAUAUCCCUCACUGUUUGAUACAACCAAAGCUCACAUUGAAGUCGGUAUCACUACUAAAGAAAGAACUGAAGAAACAGCUGACGCUUUCUUACAAGAAAUCAAUGACAAUCAAAGUGAAGAUGAAAUACAACAGUCUUCAGAUGAAAGCGAUAGUGAUARUGAUGAAGACAAUGAUAAAAAAAGAGUGGUCGGGAUAACGAAAUCGCAAAAAGAUAUUUUAUAUUUUCACGACAUAUGUAAAGGUCUUUUGCUGGAACAGGGCGUCCGACUCGAGAAACCCAAAUUCGUCAAAGAGUUACGUAAUAGUGAUUUAAUGCAAAAUYUAAUUAAAAGAGUCAAUGAAAGAGUUGGCUUUAAUGCCGAUAAUGCUAUCGAUGCUAAAGURUUGCGACAAAUAGUAAGGGGUUGUUAUUUUGAGUUUGCAAUUCAUGAACAACACUCCGGAUGGUGUUCUCUACUUGGAGAUGAAGAACUCAAAAUUCUUGAAUACUUAGAUGAUAUUGAAGACUAUUAUGAAGAUGCAUACGGUCGAAAAAUAAAUGGUAGGCAAACGUGCCCUUUAAUCGGUGACCUAUUUAAUAAAGUGAAGCAAUCAAUAAAGAAACCAAAAGAACUUAAGACAUAUCUUCAUUUCACUCACGCAGGAGUUAUGAAGAGAUUAUACUCAGGUUUAGGACUUUUUAAUUACUUAACAAAUAAAAUGGACGCCAAAAAUGAUGAAUCAAUAUGUUUGGAUGAUUCCCGCAAAUGGAAGUCAUCACUGAUUUGUCCGUUUUCUGCAAAUUUUGCGUCCAUUUUAUACAAAUGUUCGAAGAAUAAGGAGAACAAAUCAGAUGAUAAAAAGUUUUCAAAAUAUAAACUUUUGACUUUAGUUCAGCAAAAACCUGUUGUCAUCAAUGGUUGCGAUUCACACCUGUGUUCAGUCGAUAAGUUUAUUGAUAGCUAUCAACAAAUGACAUUUAAUUGUAAUCUUAUGGAAAUUUGCAAAAUAUAA